GUCAAAUCACAUGUUUGUCACAUGUGUCAAAAAAAGAGUUAAAAAUCGGUGUUUUGCAGGAAGAAAAUUAUAAAACCUCUCAAUUUUCUCAAUAAUUUGAAAUGUCCUCGGUUACAAACAUCGCACGCACUUUAUUCCUGAGAAGUUGUAGGCUGCACCGUGCAGGAAUUACGUGCAGACAUUUCAAUGGUCUUGCAAAAACGACUUUCAGACGUCCCGCCGUUCUAUCGCAAAUAAGGCUCACAAGCACCGAAACUGCUACCAAGAGCGAUGAAGAAUAUCACACAAUUAUCAAAGACACGGAAAAACCAGUGGGCGAGAGUACCAAACACGACUUUCAAGCAGAAACGAGGAUGCUGCUCGAUAUAGUAGCAAGAUCAUUGUAUUCUGAAAAGGAGGUAUUUGUAAGGGAAUUGAUAUCUAACGCUAGCGAUGCUUUGGAAAAGUUCCGGUACCUCUCAGUUUCAGAAAGUGAGAGUGACAAGAUUGUUGACAAAGAUAGACCCUUAGAGAUCCAUAUAUCAACUGAUAAACAUAAUAGAACACUGACAAUACAGGAUACAGGUAUUGGCAUGACUAAAGAUGAGUUGAUCCAAAAUCUGGGGGUAAUAGCUAAAUCCGGAUCAAAGGCGUUCUUAGAACAGUUGAAGUCGAAACAAGGUACAGCAGAUAGCAGCAUAAUAGGUCAGUUUGGUGUUGGUUUUUACAGCGCUUUCAUGGUGGCUGAUAGAGUAGAUGUAUACUCGAGGGCUGUUGGUGAAGAACAGGGAUAUAAAUGGACAUCAGACGGCACUGGCACUUAUGAGAUCCAGCCUGCAGAAGGAGUGCAACCAGGCACGAAAAUCGUGAUUCAUUUGAAGUCGGACUGUCGCGAGUUUGCAGAUGAUGAAACUAUCAGAAACAUCAUCAACAAAUACAGCAACUUUGUCGGCAGUCCGCUGUAUUUGAACGGGAAAAAGGCGAACAUUGUUCAGCCUUUGUGGUUGGCUGAUCCCAAGGCGGUCACUGUCCAACAGCAUAAUGACUUUUACAGAUUUAUCAGCGGUAGCUAUGAUGUUCCAAGGUAUAUUCUGCACUACAAGACUGACGUUCCGCUAUCGAUAAGGGCGCUUUUGUAUUUCCCAGAGGGCAAGCCGGGUUUGUUCGAAAUGUCACGCGAGACUGAAUCAGGUGUAGCUCUAUACACGAAAAAGAUACUGAUCAAGAACAGAACAGAUAACAUUCUACCAAAGUGGUUGAGGUUUGUCAAAGGGGUGGUCGAUUCGGAGGAUAUUCCUUUGAAUCUGAGCAGGGAACUUUUGCAAAACAGCACACUGAUCAACAAACUGAGGGGAGUCCUGGCUGCAAAGGUGGUUAAGUUUCUACAAGAGCAGAUGAAAAAGAAUCCUGAAGAGUACGAAAAGUUCUAUAAAGAUUAUGGUAUAUUCAUCAAAGAAGGGAUAAUCACCAAUCACAACCAGCUUGAAAAGGAAGACGCAGCAAAUCUUCUCCUUUUCGAAUCUUCACAUCAAGAUGCCGGCAAAAAAGUGAAUUUGAGCGAUUACAUGGCGAGGAAUAAUGAGGAUCGUACAAUUUUCUAUUUGGCUGCCCCAAGCCGUACUCUUGCGGAAUCGUCUCCUUACUACGAAUCAUUGAAAAGCAAAAAGCACGAAGUACUGUUCUGCUACGAACCGUACGACGAGUUAGUUUUGAUGCAGUUACAACAGUUCAAAGGUUACAAGUUAGUGUCAGUCGAGAAAGAUAUGAGGGACGACAAGGCUGCAAACGAUCUUUCGAAUUUAGGGGAAGACAGUUUGAAGCGCAGCGAGAUAAAUGACCUGUCGAACUGGUUGAAAGACAAGCUAAGCGGAAAAGUGGCGACGGUGAAUGCUACGACUCGGUUGGAGAACCAUCCUUGUGUCAUCACCGUCGAGGAAAUGGCGGCCGCACGGCAUUUCAUAAGGACGCAGAGUCACGGAUUGCCCGAAGAUAGGAGAUACGCCAUCUUGCAGCCACAGUUUGAGAUUAAUCCUAGGCACCCCAUAAUCAAGAAAUUGUACAAGUUGAUGUCGUCUGAUCAGGAACUUGCAGAACUGCUAGCUAAGCAGCUUUUCGCGAACGCAAUGGUAGGAGCUGGGCUCGUGGAAGAUCCGCGGGUGUUGCUGACUUCAAUGAAUGAUCUCUUAACGAAAGCACUGGAAAAGCACUAACGUUAUAGUAUCUAAGUAUAUCUAGGCUACUUGAAACAAUCGAAUUAUUAAGAGUGUAAAUAUGGCGUGUGCUGCAGUUUAGGCAUAUUUAUUUGUAUAAUUAUGUUCAUUCCCGAUUCAUUGAGUUUUUUUAAAUAAAGUAUUGUUUAUAUGAGUUAAAA